CUCCGCAUCUUUAGACUGAUAAGCCAAUUCGGCUUGUAUACACACCUGUGGAAGGGUAAUUACGGACUGAGAGCCAAGCUGUAUGAAACACAUCUGUGGUUCUCUCAAGUAAAAGGCUGGCUCCUGAGCAUUACCUUUAUGUGUGUGUUUAUUUUAUCACUUAAUGCUCAGCAUAAUGAAAAGCAAAUACAUACUGUCUGUAACCGUGUUAGAUAUAUGGAAGUUAUAUUUUUGAAAUAAAAACUUCAUGCUUAUUAUCUCUACAAGGAUUUAUUCUAUAUUUUAAUUGUUUGAUAAAAGGAAAUGUUUGUUGGAUUUAUUUAUUUGUGAUUUUUGGAUUAAUUUGUUAAAUAGAUAACAUGAAGAACGGAUGUGUUUGAUACAAAAUCCCUUUUUAUAACAACCGGUACAGAUUUUAUCUAAACUAGCCGGAUAUUAUCACUGUCUGUAUAAGCCGGGGAGGAAUCCCUGUAUAUAGUUUACAGAAUGAGUGGACGGAAAAGAUCGGAGUACAAUAUAGUACUAUUAGGGGCGCUAGGAGUUGGAAAAUCUGCAUUGACAGUGAAAUACAUUACAAAAAGAUUCAUCAUGGAGUAUGAUCCAUAUAUAGAGGAUAUUUAUACUAAACACGAAGAUGUUGAUGGACAGGAGUUCAUUGUAAACGUAAUGGACACGUAUGAAAAGGAUGAUUCAAACAGUCAGAGAUAUUUGAGAUGGGCGGACGCGUUUAUUGUUGUGUACAGCAUAACAGAUAGACCUAGUUUUGAGAUAGCUCGGCAGUACCUGCAGAAAGUCUCUGAACAUUUACGUAUCUCCAAUAAAGAUUGCCCUAUUGCCCUCGUAGGCAAUAAAAGUGAUCUCGAGCGUUACAGACAAAUUAGUAAAGCUGAUGGUCAAACAUUAUCGUGUGAAUACGAUGGUAUAUUUUACGAGUGUUCGGCAGCUGAGGAGUAUGAAUAUGUAGAAGACAUUUUCUAUGGACUUGUACAUUCAAUACAACGGCAACGAGGAGAACGAAGUCUAGCUUAUUCACCAUUGUUUAUAACGGAGGACAAAUAUCACUCUAUGCAAAGAAAUAGACCACGCUCGCCAAGAAGUAGUACGGAAAAGAAAGAAGACAAAGCACAGAAUAAGAAAAAUCCGACCAGCUUUAAACUGUUCAAUAAAAGUUUUAAGAUAUUCAAUUAACGAAACAGUGCAGUGCUAAAACGCAAAACAAAGUGUGGAAAACCCUCUACGUAAAGGAAGUGUAUAAAUGAAAAAUUUAUAUCAUUCGAAUGGAGUUAUAGAAGUUCCUAGAUGUGAUUGCUGAUUGAAUAAACCAGACCAAACAAAUUAAAAGGAUAUCAAAUAAUAAUACCGCUCCGGUGUAAUUAAGAUAAACGUAUUCUUUGUAAUUGACUUUUACGAUUGUACUAAAAAGAAAAAUGAUGACUUUGUAAAUAAUGAAAGUACAAAUAGUACUAGUAUAUUAUGUUUCUUGAAAUAUUAGCGCUGGCGCUACAAAUGAAUUCCAAACUUGCAGACAUAAAAAUAUGAUAAAACAAGUAUAAUUAUCAAUCAGUGGGUAUGUUCCAAAUAUGUUGACAAGAUUUAAAAUGUUAUAAAAUUUGCUUAGAAUUUAAAACAAUGAAUAUUAUGAUUACAUAAUAUGCUUGAUAUUUUUAUGCAUAUUAUAUGAUAUGUAACUUUUAUUUGUUUCAAUAUUGAAUUGCUGUUAAGAUGUGAGAAUUUUUUAAAUGCCCAUACCAAGUUUAAAAAAUAAUAAGGAGGGGACUGGAAGCCUAGAACACUUACUGAAAUUAAAUUACUAUAACUAUUUUUGCACCAAAUAUUUUAUUUUCCGAUGUUAUGUCAUAUUCUUUCGAUGUUAUUAUAUUCAAACUAAACAAAUACUGACCAUCUAUCGUAUAUUUUAUUCCAGUGUAAAAUCAUCAGAGUUAUAUUCCUUUAACUUUCACCUAACACGCAAUUUUAUAUUCAAGUCUGUAGGACGACUGUCUUCAUGAUUAUAAGGACAUUCAGAAUUUUGAUCUAGUCAAAGUGACUGGAGUAACCUGGGAUUGUAAGAUUCUUAAACUUUAAUGAAAACAUAUGCAGUUGAAAUAUAGAUUUUAAAUAAACGAUAUUUUUCUUA